CACUUAGGCUUCAUGCGCAGCCUCUAUCAAGGAGCUCUGUCUCAUAGCUGUAUCGCCCGUACAGCCACUCUGGUCAGACGCUCCUAUCCUCCGUCCCUGAGACCCUGUGCCGGAUCGCAGCCGAGAAGCCUCCCUCGCCGCCUGCUUCCCGGCGGGUUGCGCCCAGGGGCGGGGCGGGGGUUUGUGCGCGUCGUCUUCCGGGAAGAACUUUACGAUUACGAUACACUGACCGACGUUUUACGACAGACGGGGUUGCUUUGUGGCUGUCAGCUUUCCCCGUGGUCUUAGUUCGCGGCUGCAUUUUUAUCCCUGGUGGCUUGCUACCGCGGCGCAGAAAUGAAGCAGAAGCGCAAAGGAGAUCUCAGCCCUGCUGAGCUGAUGAUGCUGACUAUAGGAGAUGUUAUUAAACAGCUGAUUGAAGCCCAUGAGCAGGGGAAAGACAUCGAUCUGAAUAAGGUGAAAACUAAGACAGCUGCCAAAUACGGCCUUUCGGCCCAGCCCCGCUUGGUGGAUAUCAUCGCUGCCGUCCCUCCUCAGUAUCGCAAGGUCUUGGUUCCCAAGUUAAAGGCGAAACCCAUCAGAACUGCCAGUGGGAUUGCUGUUGUGGCUGUGAUGUGCAAACCCCACAGAUGUCCACACAUCAGUUUUACAGGAAAUAUAUGUGUAUACUGCCCUGGUGGACCUGAUUCCGAUUUUGAGUAUUCGACCCAGUCUUACACUGGCUAUGAGCCAACCUCCAUGAGAGCUAUCCGUGCCAGAUAUGACCCUUUCCUGCAGACAAGACACCGAAUAGAACAGUUAAAACAACUUGGUCACAGUGUGGAUAAAGUGGAGUUUAUUGUGAUGGGUGGAACGUUUAUGGCCCUUCCAGAAGAAUACAGAGAUUAUUUUAUUCGAAAUUUACAUGAUGCCUUAUCAGGACAUACUUCCAACAAUAUUUACGAGGCAGUCAAGUAUUCCGAGAGAAGCCUCACAAAGUGUAUCGGAAUUACUAUUGAGACCAGACCAGAUUAUUGCAUGAAGCGGCAUUUAAGUGACAUGUUGACCUAUGGCUGCACAAGGCUGGAGAUCGGGGUGCAGAGCGUUUAUGAAGAUGUGGCCAGAGACACCAACAGGGGCCACACUGUGAAGGCAGUGUGUGAGUCAUUUCACCUGGCCAAAGAUUCCGGUUUCAAAGUGGUGGCCCAUAUGAUGCCUGACCUGCCAAAUGUGGGACUAGAAAGAGACAUUGAACAGUUCAUAGAGUUUUUUGAGAAUCCUGCUUUCCGUCCCGAUGGUCUGAAACUCUAUCCUACCCUGGUGAUUCGUGGGACUGGGCUUUAUGAGCUUUGGAAAUCGGGAAGAUAUAAGAGUUAUUCUCCUAGUGACCUGGUCGAAUUGGUGGCUCGGAUCCUAGCCCUCGUGCCUCCAUGGACUCGGGUUUACCGAGUGCAGAGGGAUAUUCCAAUGCCUUUAGUCAGCUCAGGAGUAGAGCAUGGUAACCUGAGAGAGCUGGCACUUGCAAGAAUGAAAGACCUCGGAAUACAGUGUCGAGAUGUGAGAACCAGGGAAGUUGGAAUCCAAGAAAUUCAUCACAAAGUACGGCCAUUCCAGGUUGAAUUGGUAAGGAGAGAUUAUGUUGCAAAUGGCGGCUGGGAAACAUUCUUGUCGUAUGAAGACCCAGAUCAAGACAUUUUGAUUGGACUCCUACGAUUACGCAAGUGUUCAGAGGAAACCUUCCGUUUUGAACUGGGGGGAGGUGUCUCCAUAGUCCGAGAGCUGCACGUGUAUGGAAGUGUGGUCCCUGUGAGCAGCCGGGAUCCCACCAAAUUUCAGCAUCAGGGAUUUGGCAUGCUGCUGAUGGAGGAAGCAGAAAGAAUAGCUAGAGAAGAACAUGGAUCUGGGAAAAUCGCUGUGAUAUCAGGGGUCGGCACCAGGAAUUAUUAUAGAAAGAUUGGCUACAGAUUACAAGGCCCGUACAUGGUGAAGAUGCUGAAAUAAUGGCCACGCCAGUCCACCUUUCUGCAAUACCCUCCCUGCAGAACAUGGAGAAUCAGGAUUUCUUGACUACUCAACAGAGAGAGGCUGAGCAGAGCAAACAGGCCUAACUGUCCCCCUGUUGGGGGCUUCACCGUUAUCCCACAGCUGCAGAGACUGGAAACUGCCUUCAGGGUUCUGGCUGGUCACCUGCUGACCACAUCCCAGAUCCACCCUCUCCUGCGUGUACCCAAAAAAUCUCUUCCGUUUGUGAGGCUUAAAUUAUCCAUCCAGUUUCUAAAUUUUGCAUGAGGCCUGCAGGUGGCCUGUUUUGACUCAGACGGUGACAAAAGCAAAUCAAUCAACUCAUUUGGAUGCGGUAACUCACAAAACAAAACUGAUUGUCAUUCGAGGAGCAAACUUAGGAGUAGGUUAUUUAUAUACCCUAGGGACAGAGGAAAACCGCCAGACUGAUCUGGGGCCUUUAACAACAUAGGCAUUGGAGCGCAAGUUAGGAAAAUGAGCUUUUGUUUUCAUGGAAAUCAUUCUGAUUGCAGUGCGCGGAUUAGAAAUAGCAGUGUGACGGGGAAGGAGGAAUUGCGGUUGUGGGGGUGUGAACCUGGCAGCAGCCGGCCCCAGCCUUCCCCGGGCGGGCAGGAGUCCACCACGAAGGCGGGGAUGACAAAGAGCUCUGCUCGUGCUGUUUGUUGUCUCCACUUCCCACCCUCUUGGCAACUGCAGAGCAGCGUGGGCAGCCACAGGCAUGGAGCCCAGAGAGUGCCUGGCUUUCCUGUUCAUCUCUCCUGAGCCGGUGGAUUCUGAGGUUUUGAGACCCUAAAUCAAGAUUUGCUUACACGGAAGCCAUUCCCUGCAUUUUAAUUUUUUGAGACAGAGUCUCACUUUGUCCCCCAGACUGGAAUGCAGUAGUGCAGUCUCGCCUCACUGCAUCCUCCACCUCAGCCUCCUGAGUAGCUGGGAUCACAGGCGCCCACCACCGCACCCAGCUAAUUUGUGCAUUUUUAGGAAAGAUGGGGUUCUGCCAUGUUAGGCUGGUCUCGAACUCCUGACCUCAGGUGAUCCACCUGCCUCGGCCUCCCAAAACGAUGGGAAUACAGGAUAAAGGCUAUGCCUGGCCUUUAAUUUCUUAAGGUAAAUUUUGGUUGUUAUAAAUGGAAAAAGGUCAGAGUUGAAGUUCAACUCAUGUGUGCAAGCAAAACAAUGGAAAACAGGAUUGGCUUCUUCAAAGGCUCCUCUUGUAGAACUGCCUCUUUGAAAUUUCCAGGUAAUCUACUUUGGAGACUCUGCCUGGAGAGGGUCAGUUCCUAAGUUAAGAGCAUCGCUUAACCUUGGCUUCUGUGGCAUUUUACAAAGGUUUAAAGGAAUUGAUUUCUCUGAAAGGGCCUGAAAAUAAAACAUCUUUAACAUACAAAGAA